AUGCGGAAGUCUGAGGUCUCAACAGUCUCACCGUCGGUCCCUGCGGCUUCCCUCGCUUUGGGAGAACCUCGGUCUCAGGGUCCUUGCUAUAAUUUCGGACUCCAGGAGACUCCUCAGAGCGGGCCUUCAGUGCAGGCCUCUGCGUCCACCCCUUCUGGCACGUCAGCAGCCGCCGGCGACCGGAGCAGCAGCACAAGCCUCCCUCGCCACCCGCCUGGCGCCGGGCCAGCACUAGGUUCACACUUCAGGAAUAAAAGAUCUAAUGCAGAAAACACAUUUGCAUCAAAUUUUAAUUUUGGUACAAGCUCAUCUUCUACACGAGAUAGUAAUUAUCCUCAAAUACUGAAAACUCCAUUGUCUGCUGGAAAUCCCCAGAGAUCAGGUUACAAAAAUUGGACACCACAAAUGGGAUAUUCAGCUCCAUCGUCAUCUGCAGUUUCAACAAACUCCCCAUCAGUUGUUGCAGCUGUUGUAGAAGGUAGAGGACUUGCCAGAGGUGAAAUAGGAAUGGCAAGUAUUGAUUUAAAAAGCCCACAAAUUAUAUUAUCUCAGUUUGCAGACAAUACAACAUAUGCAAAGGUAAUCACUAAACUCAAAAUUUUAUCACCUUUGGAAAUAAUAAUGUCAAAUACUGCUUGUGUUGUGGGGAAUUCAACUAAAUUGUUUACUCUGAUCACAGAAAAUUUCAAGAAUGUUAAUUUUACUACUAUCCAAAGGAAAUAUUUCAAUGAAACAAAAGGACUAGAGUACAUUGAACAGUUAUGCGUAACAGAAUUCAGCACUGUCCUAAUGGAGGUUCAAUCCAAGUAUUACUGCCUUGCAGCUGUUGCAGCUUUAUUAAAAUAUGUUGAAUUUAUUCAAAAUUCAGUUUAUGCACCAAAAUCACUGAAGAUUUGUUUCCAGGGUAGUGAACAGACAGCCAUGAUAGAUUCAUCAUCAGCCCAAAACCUUGAAUUACUAAUUAAUAGUCAAGACAGUAGGAAUAAUCACACACUCUUUGGUGUUCUAAAUUAUACUAAGACUCCUGGAGGAAGUAGAAGGCUUCGUUCUAAUAUAUUAGAACCUCUAGUUGAUAUUGAAACCAUUAACAUGAGAUUAGAUUGUGUUCAAGAACUACUUCAGGAUGAGGAACUCUUUUUUGGACUUCAGUCAGUUAUAUCAAGAUUUCUUGAUACAGAGCAACUUCUUUCUGUUUUAGUCCAAAUUCCAAAGCAGGACACAGUUAAUGCAGCGGAAUCAAAGAUAACAAAUCUAAUAUACCUAAAACAUACCUUGGAACUUGUGGAUCCUUUAAAGAUUGCUUUGGGGAACUGUAGCACACCUUUAUUAAGAGCUUACUGUGGUUCCUUGGAAGAUAAGAGGUUUGGAAUCAUACUUGAAAAAAUUAAAACCAUAAUUAAUGAUGAUGCAAGAUACAUGAAAGGAUGCCUGAACAUGAGGACUCAGAAGUGCUACGCAGUGAGAUCCAACAUAAAUGAAUUUCUUGACAUAGCUAGAAGAACAUAUACAGAGAUUGUAGAUGACAUAGCAGGAAUGAUAUCGCAGCUUGCAGAAAAAUAUAGUCUUCCUUUAAGGACAAGUUUUAGCUCUGCUCGAGGAUUUUUCAUUCAGAUGACUACCGACUAUACAGCUCUACCCAAUAAUCGACUUCCUUCAGAAUUUAUUAAGAUAUCUAAAGUGAAAAGUUCUUAUACCUUUACAUCAGCAGACUUAAUUAAAAUGAAUGAAAGAUGUCAAGAAUCUUUGAGAGAAAUCUAUCAUAUGACUUAUAUGAUAGUGUGCAAACUGCUUAGUGAGAUUUAUGAACAUAUUCAUUGCUUAUAUAAACUAUCUGAUACUGUGUCAAUGCUGGAUAUGCUACUGUCAUUUGCUCAUGCCUGCACUCUUUCUGACUAUGUUCGGCCAGAAUUUACUGAUACUUUAGCAAUCAAACAGGGAUGGCAUCCCAUUCUUGAAAAAAUAUCUGUGGAAAAACCGAUUGCCAACAAUACUUAUAUAACAGAAGGAAGUAAUUUUUUGAUCAUAACUGGACCUAAUAUGAGUGGGAAAUCCACAUAUUUAAAACAGAUUGCCCUUUGUCAGAUUAUGGCCCAGAUUGGAUCAUAUGUUCCAGCAGAAUAUUCUUCCUUUAGAAUUGCUGAACAGAUUUUUACAAGAAUCAGUACUGAUGAUGAAAUUGAAACAAAUUCAUCAACAUUCAUGAAGGAAAUGAAAGAGAUAGCUUACAUUCUACAUAAUGCUAAUAACAAAUCACUCAUAUUAAUUGAUGAACUUGGCAGAGGUACUAAUACAGAAGAAGGUAUUGGCAUUUGUUAUGCUGUCUGUGAAUAUCUGCUGAGCUUAAAGGCAUUUACACUGUUUGCUACGCAUUUCCUGGAACUAUGUCAUAUAGAGGUCCUGUACCCUAAUGUAGAAAACAUGCAUUUUGAAGUUCAGCAUGUGAAGAACACGUCAAGGGAUAAAGAAGCAAUCUUGUAUACCUACAAACUUUGUAAGGGACUCACAGAAGAAAAAAAUUAUGGAUUAAAAGCUGCAGAGGUGUCAUCACUCCCAUCAUCAAUUGUCUUGGAUGCCAAAGAAAUCACAACUCAAAUUACGAGACAAACUUUGCAAAACCAAAGGAGUACCCCUGAGAUGGAAAGACAGAGAGCUGUGUACCAUCUAGCUACUAGGCUUGUUCAAACUGCUCGAAACUCUCAGUUGGAUCCAGACAGUUUACGAAUGUAUUUAAGUAAUCUCAAAAAGAAGUAUGAAACAGAUUUUUCCAGGGCUGAACAAGUUUCAGGAAAGACUGAAGAAUAGUAACAAUUUAUAUGUACAAAUCAAAUAGUAUAUGUUAAUA